CCCACGUGCUUGGCGGGUCCCUGCUGACAGGCCGGAGUCUGCCCUCCUCCCUCGGCCCCUUUCGCUCCCCUUUCCCUUUCCCCCGCUCUCUGUCUCUGCCUCUCCCCUCCCUUCGCCUGCCGCUUUUUCUCCGCUCGGCUUUGCUCUCCUUUCUCUCUCGCUGCCGCUUCGGGUCGACCCGGGCUGGAGCUUGCCUCCUUCUCCUUCUCCUCCUCCUCCUCAGCCACACCUCCUUCCCUCUUGCUUUGGCCCCCGAGCCUGGAGCGUCGGACGGUCCUUUGAGGGGCGCACUCCCGACGCCCGCCCUUCUCCCUGCAAGACGUUGGGAAAGCCUUUUUCUUCGCCGUCGUCGAAAGGGGGGAAAGUGGAAGGGAGGAGGAGGAGGAGGACUCGGAGGAUGCCUUGUGGAGGCAGAGCAGCAGCACCACCAGCAGCAGCUCCUCCUGCGACCAGCUGAGGCCAGGUUUGGGACGAGAAGGGACGGCGGCUUCUCCUCCUCGGGCUUGGCGUGCGUCUCCCGCUUGCAGGCAGCGAUGGGGCGGCGGAGGGAGCUGAGCCUGCCGUCCUGCCUGCUCUGGCUGGGCUGCGUGGCGCUGUGGGCGCAGGGGGCGGCCGGGCAGGCCAAGCGGGCCAGGGAAGAGCGGCUCCGUCCCGCCGAAGGGGCCGACGCAGGCGGCGGAGGCAGCAGCAGCAGCAGCAGCGCCAGCCACACCGGCAGCAGCUUCCCUCUCCUGGGCAGCGUGGAAGCAGGCUCCGCGCCGGGCCCCACCAACCGCGUCCGACGGAGGGGCCAGCAGGACGUGCUCCGCGGGCCAAAUGUGUGUGGCUCCAGAUUCCACUCCUACUGUUGUCCUGGAUGGAAAACGCUCCCUGGGGGAAAUCAGUGUAUUGUUCCAAUUUGUAGAAAUAGCUGUGGUGAUGGAUUUUGUUCUCGCCCUAACAUGUGCACUUGCUCCAGUGGACAGAUAUUGCCAACCUGUGGAUCAAAAUCUAUACAGCAAUGCAACAUCAGAUGCAUGAAUGGUGGUACCUGUCUCGAGGACCAAUGCCAAUGCCAGAAGGGAUAUAUUGGUACUUACUGUGGACAACCUGUUUGUGAAAAUGGAUGUCAGAAUGGUGGCCGCUGCAUUGGACCCAACCGUUGCGCAUGUGUAUACGGUUUCACAGGCCCACAGUGUGAAAGAGAUUAUAGAACAGGCCCUUGUUUCACUCAGGUCAGUAACCAGAUGUGUCAAGGUCAGUUGACUGGCAUUGUUUGCACGAAGACGCUUUGUUGUGCAACGAUUGGACGUGCGUGGGGACAUCCUUGUGAAAUGUGUCCUGCUCAGCCCCAGCCAUGUCGCCGUGGUUUCAUCCCCAACAUCCGCACUGGUGCAUGUCAAGAUGUUGAUGAAUGUCAGGCUAUCCCUGGACUCUGCCAAGGGGGGAAUUGUAUCAAUACUGUUGGAUCAUAUGAGUGCAAAUGCCCUGCUGGCCACAAACAGAAUGAAGCAACCCAGAAGUGUGAAGAUAUUAAUGAGUGCAGCCUCAUUCCAGGAAUAUGUGAUGCUGGUGAAUGUUCCAAUACUGUAGGAAGUUAUUUUUGCCUCUGUCCGCGUGGUUUUGUAACAUCUACAGACGGCUCUCACUGCAUUGAUCAAAGAGCAGGCACGUGCUUCUCCAGUCUGGUGAAUGGCCGCUGUGCUCAAGAGCUUCCUGGUAGGUUUACCAAAAUGCAGUGUUGCUGUGAAUCUGGCCGAUGUUGGGCACUUGGAUCCAUUCCAGAAAUGUGUCCUGUCAGAGGCUCUGAUGAAUAUCGCAGACUAUGUAUAGAUGGCAUUCCUGUUGUAGGUGGUUCCAGGCCUGGUGGAACAGGAGGAAAUGGCUUCCUUCCUGGUGGAAAUGGGAAUGGCUAUGGCCCAGGAGGAACAGGAUUCAUUCCUAUUCCUGGAGGAAAUGGCUUUUCUCCAGGUGUUGGUGGUGCUGGAGUAGGAACUGGUGGCCAAACCCCCACUGGUGGAAAUGGUCCCAUCAUAACUGGGCUGACUAUACUCAACCAAACAAUAGAUAUCUGUAAGCAUCAUCCUAAUCUUUGCUUAAACGGACGAUGCAUCCCAACUAUUUCCAGUUACCGAUGUGAAUGUAAUAUGGGAUAUAAGCAGGAUGCAAAUGGAGACUGCAUUGAUGUUGAUGAAUGCAUAUCAAACCCAUGCUCCAAUGGAGACUGUGUGAACACACCCGGGUCUUAUUAUUGCAAGUGCCAUACAGGUUUCCAGAGAACACCAACAAAACAAGCUUGCAUUGAUGUCGAUGAAUGUAUCCAGAAUGGAGUUCUUUGUAAAAAUGGCCGGUGUGUGAACACUGAUGGAAGUUUCCAAUGUAUUUGCAAUGCUGGAUUUGAAUUGACUACUGAUGGAAAAAACUGUGUUGAUCAUGAUGAAUGUACAACUACCAACAUGUGUUUGAAUGGAAUGUGUAUAAAUGAGGAUGGCAGUUUCAAAUGCAUCUGCAAACCUGGAUUUAUCUUGGCUCCUAAUGGGCGAUACUGUACUGAUAUUGAUGAAUGCCAAACCCCUGGAAUUUGCAUGAAUGGCCACUGCAUUAAUACAGAGGGAUCAUUUCGUUGUGAAUGUCCACCAGGCUUAGCUGUGGGAGUUGAUGGUCGUGUUUGUGUAGACACCCAUAUGCGAAGCACAUGCUAUGGUGGGAUCAAAAAAGGAGUAUGUGUCCGCCCUUUUCCUGGAGCAGUGACAAAAUCUGAAUGUUGUUGUGCCAAUCUAGACUAUGGCUUUGGAGAACCUUGCCAUCCAUGUCCUGCCAAGAAUUCAGCUGAGUUCCAUGGUCUGUGCAGCAGUGGAGUAGGAAUUACUGUUGAUGGAAGAGAUAUUAAUGAGUGUGCUUUAGAUCCUGAUAUUUGCUCCAAUGGGGUUUGUGAAAAUCUCCGUGGCAGCUAUCGUUGUAAAUGUAACAGUGGAUAUGAAUCGGAUGUUUUAGGAAGAAAUUGCAUUGAUAUUGAUGAAUGUUUAGUCAACCGAUUACUAUGUGAUAAUGGCUUUUGUCGUAAUACACCAGGAAGCUAUAGCUGCACAUGUCCAAAAGGAUACAUAUUCAGCAGUGAAACAGACACAUGCGAAGAUAUAAAUGAAUGUGAGAGCAGCCCUUGUGUCAACGGUGCGUGUAGGAACAACCUUGGUUCUUUCAUCUGUGAGUGUUCAACUGGCAGUAAACUAGAUUCUACAGGAUUCAUCUGUAUUGACAGUCUGAAGGGAACUUGUUGGCUUAAUAUCCAGGAUAAUCGUUGUGAAGUCAACAUCAAUGGAGCCACUCUAAAAUCCGAAUGCUGUGCUACUUUGGGAGCUGCUUGGGGUAGUCCUUGUGAACGUUGCGAAAUAGACUCAGCAUGUCCCAGAGGAUUUGCAAGAGUCAAAGGUGUUUCGUGUGAAGAUGUAAAUGAGUGUGAUGUUUUCCCUGGUGUAUGCCCUAAUGGACGAUGUGUCAAUGGGAGAGGAUCUUUUCACUGUGAGUGUCCUGAUGGACUGACACUGGAUGGAACUGGCAGAGUGUGUUUAGAUAUACGAAUGGAACAAUGCUACUUGAAGUGGGAUGAAGAUGAAUGUGUUCACCCUGUUCCUGGAAAGUUUCGGAUGGACACCUGCUGCUGUGCUGUAGGUGCUGCCUGGGGCUCAGAUUGUGAAGAAUGUCCCAAACCUGGAACAAAGGAGUAUGAAAUAUUGUGUCCAAGAGGACCAGGCUUUUCAAACAGAGGAGAUAUUUUAACUGGAAGGCCAUUUUACAAAGAUAUUAAUGAGUGCAAAGUAUUCCCUGGCAUGUGCACAAAUGGCAAAUGCAGAAACACAAUUGGAAGUUUUAAAUGUAGAUGUAACAGUGGAUUUGCAUUAGACAUGGAAGAGAGAAACUGUACAGACAUUGAUGAAUGCCAUAUCUCACCUGACCUCUGUGGAAGCGGUACCUGUGUCAACACUCCUGGGAGUUUUGAAUGUGAAUGUUUUGAGGGUUAUGAAAGCGGAUUUAUGAUGAUGAAGAAUUGUAUGGACAUAGAUGAAUGUGAACGUAACCCUCUUCUCUGCAGAGGUGGCCAGUGUGUAAAUACAGACGGAAGCUUUCAGUGUGACUGUCCUCUAGGGCAUGAAUUGUCUCCAUCACGUGAAGAUUGUGUGGAUAUUAAUGAAUGUUCCCUUAGUGAUAAUCUGUGUAGAAAUGGGAAGUGUGUGAACAUGAUUGGAAUGUAUCAGUGCUCCUGUAAUCCUGGGUACCAAGCCACUCCAGACAGACAAGGCUGUACUGAUAUUGAUGAAUGCAUGAUUAUGAAUGGAGGAUGUGACACCCACUGCACUAAUUCAGAAGGCAGCUAUGAAUGCAGUUGCAGUGAUGGAUAUGCUCUAACGCCAGAUGGGAGGACUUGUGCAGACAUUGAUGAAUGUGAAAACAACCCAGAUAUCUGUGAUGGUGGUCAGUGCACUAACAUCCCAGGAGAGUAUCGCUGCCUUUGUUAUGACGGAUUCAUGGCUUCUAUGGAUAUGAAAAUAUGCAUUGAUGUGAACGAAUGUGACCUGAAUUCAAACAUCUGCAUGUUUGGAGAGUGCGAGAACACCAAGGGGUCUUUUAUUUGUCACUGCCAACUGGGCUAUUCUGUUAAGAAGGGAACUACAGGAUGUACAGAUGUGGAUGAAUGUGAGAUUGGGGCCCACAACUGUGACUUGCAUGCCACAUGUUUCAAUGUUCCAGGAAGCUUCAGGUGUACCUGUAAAGAAGGAUGGAUUGGAAAUGGAAUUAAGUGUAUUGAUCUGGAUGAAUGUUCCAACGGAACACAUCAGUGCAGUGUAAAUGCUCAGUGUGUGAAUAUUCCUGGAUCGUACCGCUGUAACUGUGCAGAUGGAUUUACUGGAGAUGGGCUUACUUGUUCUGAUAUUGAUGAGUGUGCAGAAAAUAUUAAUCUAUGUGAAAAUGGACAGUGCCUGAAUAUUCCUGGUGGAUACCGUUGUGAAUGUGAGAUGGGCUUCACUCCAGCUUCGGACACCAAAUCUUGCCAAGAUAUAGAUGAAUGUGCCUUCCAGAAUAUAUGUGUGUUUGGUACCUGUAAUAACUUGCCAGGAAUGUUUCACUGUAUCUGCGAUGAUGGGUAUGAACUGGAUAGAACUGGUGGAAAUUGUACAGAUAUUGAUGAGUGUGCUGAUCCUAUAAACUGUGUCAAUGGUUUCUGCAUAAAUACUCCUGGAAGAUAUGAGUGUAAUUGUCCCCCAGAUUUCCAGCUGAACCCAACAGGAGUUGGGUGUGUCGAUAACCGAGUUGGAAACUGUUAUUUGAAGUAUGGACCAAGAGGAGAUGGAAGUCUAUCCUGUAACACUGAAAUUGGUGUUGGAGUCAGCCGUUCCUCCUGUUGCUGCUCUCUGGGAAAGGCUUGGGGGAAUCCCUGUGAGACAUGCCCACCUGUAAAUAGCAGUGAAUAUAAUACUCUUUGCCCAGGUGGUGAAGGAUUCAGACCAAAUCCUAUAACUAUUAUUUUAGAAGACAUUGAUGAAUGCCAGGAAUUGCCUGGUCUCUGCCAAGGUGGAAACUGCAUCAAUACAUUUGGCAGCUUCCAGUGUGAAUGUCCCCAUGGAUACUACCUCAGUGAAGAAACUCGCAUCUGUGAAGAUAUUGAUGAGUGUGUUGCACACCCUGGUGUCUGUGGUCCUGGGACAUGCUACAAUACCUUAGGAAACUAUACCUGCAUUUGUCCCCCAGAAUACAUGCAGGUGAAUGGAGGACACAACUGUAUGGAUAUGAGAAAGAGCUUUUGCUACAGAAGCUACAAUGGGACAUCUUGUGAUAAUGAACUGCCCUUUAAUGUGACCAAGAGGAUGUGUUGCUGUACCUAUAAUGUUGGGAAAGCUUGGAACAAACCUUGUGAACCAUGCCCAACUCCAGGAACAGUUGAAUUCAAGACGAUAUGUGGAAAUAUUCCUGGCUUUACCUUUGAUAUCCAUACAGGCAAAGCUGUUGAUAUUGAUGAAUGUAAAGAGAUUCCAGGAAUCUGUGCAAAUGGUGUUUGCAUUAACCAGAUUGGCAGUUUUCGUUGUGAAUGUCCUACAGGAUUUAGCUACAAUGAUCUGCUCUUGGUCUGUGAAGAUAUUGAUGAAUGUAGUAAUGGUGACAAUCUCUGUCAACGAAAUGCUGAUUGCAUUAACAGCCCUGGUAGUUACCGGUGUGAAUGUGCUGCAGGUUUCAAACUUUCACCCAAUGGUGCUUGUGUUGAUCGCAAUGAAUGCCAAGAAAUUCCUAAUGUAUGCAGUCAUGGCACAUGUGUGGAUAAAGAAGGGACUUAUUAUUGCAUCUGUCAAAAUGGUUUUAAGGCAUCCCAAGACCAAACCAUGUGCAUGGAUGUUGAUGAAUGUGAAAGACAUCCUUGUGGAAAUGGAACUUGUAAAAACACAGUUGGAUCGUAUAACUGUCUAUGCUAUCCAGGAUUUGAACUAACUCAUAACAAUGACUGUAUGGAUAUUGACGAAUGCAGUUCCUUCUUUGGCCAGGUGUGCAGAAAUGGGAGGUGUUAUAAUGAAAUUGGUUCAUUCAAAUGUUUGUGUAAUGAAGGUUAUGAGCUUACUGCAGAUGGCAAGAACUGCAUAGAUAUUAAUGAGUGUGUGGUGCUCCCUGGAUCAUGUUUCCCUGGCACAUGUCAAAACUUAGAAGGAUCAUUCAGAUGCAUCUGUCCACCAGGAUAUGAAGUCAAAAGUGAAAGCUGUAUUGAUAUUGAUGAAUGCCAUGAGGAUCCCAAUAUCUGUCUUUUUGGAUCUUGCACUAAUACUCCAGGAGGAUUCCAGUGUAUCUGUCCUACAGGCUUUGUAAUAUCUGACAAUGGCAGGAGGUGUUUUGAUACUCGCCAGAGCUUCUGUUUCACUAACUUUGAGAAUGGAAAGUGCUCUAUACCAAAGGCAUUCAAUACCACUAAGGCAAAAUGUUGCUGUAGCAAAAUGCCAGGAGAAGGUUGGGGUGAUCCAUGUGAGCUGUGCCCGAAAGAAGGUGAAGUUGCUUUCCAGGAUUUGUGUCCAUAUGGCCAUGGGACUAUACCGGGGAUUGAUGAUACACGUGAAGAUGUCAAUGAGUGUCUUGAGAGCCCAGGCAUUUGUUCCAAUGGUCACUGUAUAAACACAGAUGGAUCAUUCCGUUGCGAAUGUCCCUUGGGAUACAACCUGGACUACACUGGAGUUCAUUGUGUAGAUACCGAUGAAUGUUCAAUUGGUAAUCCAUGUGGAAAUGGCACAUGUUCCAAUGUGAUUGGUAGCUUUGAAUGUAAUUGCCUUGAAGGGUUUGAACCUGGGCCAAUGAUGAAUUGUGAAGAUAUAAAUGAAUGUGCACAAAAUCCUUUAUUGUGUGCUUUUCGCUGCAUAAAUACCUAUGGUCUCUAUGAAUGUACUUGUCCAGUUGGUUAUGAAUUAAGAGAAGACCAAAAAAUGUGUAAAGAUCUUGAUGAAUGUGCAGAGGGUCUACAUGAUUGUGAAUCAAGAGGGAUGAUGUGCAAAAAUCUCAUUGGAACCUUCAUGUGUAUCUGCCCUCCUGGAAUGACCCGAAGACCAGAUGGAGAAGGCUGCAUGGAUGAAAAUGAAUGCCGUACCAAGCCAGGUAUCUGUGAAAAUGGUCGCUGUAUCAACGUUAUUGGAAGUUACAGGUGUGAUUGCAAUGAAGGCUUCCAGUCCAGUCCAUCUGGAACUGAGUGCAUUGAUAACCGCCAAGGCUUCUGCUUUGCAGAGGUCUUACAGACGAUGUGUCAGAUGGCCUCCAGUAGUCAUAACCUGGUCACCAAAUCAGAGUGUUGUUGUGAUGGAGGAAGAGGGUGGGGAAACCAGUGUGAGAUUUGCCCUCUUCCAGGAACAACCCAGUACAAGAAACUUUGUCCUCACGGUCCAGGGUAUACCACUGAUGGAAGAGAUAUCGAUGAGUGUAAGGUCAUGCCAAAUCUGUGUAGGCACGGUCAAUGCAUCAACACCAUGGGAUCCUUCAGUUGCUUAUGUAAAGUUGGAUAUACCACCGACAUUAGUGGAACAUCUUGCAUGGACCUUGAUGAAUGUUCACAGUCUCCCAAACCAUGCAACUUUAUCUGCAAGAACACAGAAGGAAGCUACCAGUGUUCAUGCCCACGUGGCUAUAUGCUCCAAGAGGAUGGAAAGACUUGUAGAGAUCUGGAUGAAUGUCAGACUAAGCAGCAUAACUGCCAAUUCCUUUGUGUCAAUACUCUGGGAGGAUUCACAUGUAAAUGUCCACCAGGUUUCACACAACAUCAUACAGCUUGCAUUGAUAACAAUGAAUGUGGAUCACAGGCUUUGCUUUGUGGGUCCAAAGGAAUUUGCCAGAAUACUCCUGGAAGUUUUUCCUGUGAAUGCCAGAGAGGUUUCUCUCUAGAUUCAACUGGAUUAAACUGUGAAGAUGUGGAUGAGUGUGAAGGAAACCACAGAUGUCAACAUGGCUGCCAAAAUAUUCUUGGUGGCUACAGAUGUGGCUGCCCACAAGGAUAUGUACAACAUUAUCAGUGGAAUCAAUGUGUGGAUGAAAAUGAAUGCUCAACUCCUAGUAUUUGUGGCUCAGCUUCAUGCUACAACACUCUUGGAAGCUACAAGUGUGCAUGUCCGUCUGGAUUUUCUUUUGACCAGUUCUCAAGUGCAUGCCAUGAUGUUAAUGAAUGUUCAUCCACUAAAAAUCCUUGCAAUUAUGGCUGCUCAAACACAGAAGGUGGAUAUCUUUGUGGUUGUCCACCUGGAUAUUACAGAGUUGGACAAGGGCAUUGUGUCUCGGGUAUGGGAUUUAAUAAAGGCCAGUAUCUGCAGCUAGAUGGAGAUGAAGAAAAUGCUUUGUCUCCUGAAGCAUGUUAUGAGUGCAAAAUUAAUGGCUACACCAAAAAAGACAGCAGGAGGAAAAGAAGUCUCAAUCAAACUGAGCCUGAUAAGGUUAGUUUGGAAAGUUUGGGCAUUGACCUCCCGCUGAAGAUGAGGUUCAAUAUAUCUGAGCUUGGCAAUAAGGAACACAUCUUAGACCUCAUGCCUGCAAUACAGCCGCUCACAAACCACGUUCGCUAUGUUGUCUCUUUUGGUAAUCACAACAGCAUAUUCCGGAUACACCAGAGAGAUGGCUUCAGUUAUCUACAGGUUGCUAAGAAAAAGGCAAUGGCUGGCAUUUACACACUGGAAAUUAUUAGCAUUCCUCUCUACAAAAAGAAAGAGCUAAAGAAACUGGAAGAAAGCAAUGAGGACAACUACCUCCUAGGAGAGCUUGGAGAAGCUCUUAAAAUGAGGCUCUGGAUUGAACUCUACUAAAACUUCCAUCACUUAGUUCUACUUUAUGAAUGACUUGCUUCAAUUUGUGUGCUUAUACAUCCAAUCUUUCUUUUGCUUUUUAAAAAACUUUAAAUGAGUCAAUGACUUUUUUCAGAAGACCAAAAACUGCAAAGGAUAACGACCUCUGUAUCCUUCCAUCCUGUCCAAGACUGCAGACUGGCCCUUUGACUUACCACGGGCAAACUUUUGACUACCAAUGCCAAUCAUGGUUACUGUAUCUUCUGCAUAACCUCGACUUAAAGUUUUUAAAAUGGUGCUCUAAGAGGUCAGCGUAUGGCACUAAAUGGCACAAAAUGUGAGUUACUUUUUCCUGUUAGCAAUCUAGCAUGUUGGGUAUUUUGCUAUAGUUCCUAAAUUAAAAAAUAGAGAUUUUUAUUUAUUUUUAAUGCAGUAAUAUAUGAAGAAAUUAGCAAUCUAUGUUAACAAAAAAGGGAAACACUUGUUUUUCUUUGAGAUUUUAUGAAUUUGAACUAUUACAGGUAAGAGGUUAUUUCUUUUUUUUUAAGAAAGAAAAGAAACCAAUAGAUUCCCCUCUAAAAAAAGUUUCUUCUCACUAUUGUGCCAGUCGUCCAUAUAGCAGGAAAGCAGUUUUUCAAAAUGAGCACUGUAAUACACUUCCAGAGGGCCAAACCAUUCCUUUCCAAGCAGGGUAUUUAAGUCAUAGCAUAAAUAAUUUCAGGAACUGUCAGAAUCAGUACUAGCACUCAUAAGCCAUAAGGACUAGAUUCCAUAGCAGAAACUAUUAACAAUGGAAGAGGACGCACAACCACUGUAGCAAAAUACCUGGACUGCUUAUGGUACCAUUAGCAUGGCAGGCCAAUCCGUACUGUAUUUUUGUCAAAUAACCUCAGUAUUAUCACACAACACCUCAUUCUUCACAAAUUGAAGGUGCUCUACAUACGUGUACCACUGUAGGCAGCUGAACACAAAACUCACGUUCUUAGAAGGGGACGCCCGAUGUCUUCUUCUCUUUGGUGCUGGCUUGGAUUAAUGCUGAAAUGAACAUGACUGAGCUAUUUCGGGACUGCCUCAUGUGCACAACUGGUCAUGUUGCACAGGAAAAAAGGAAGAAAAUGCAUAUUUGAAGACAAUUAAGGUUUUUUUCAUUAAUACUGUAGUUAUACACAAUAUGCCUCAUUUUAUCAUAGCCUAUUUUGUAAGAAUUACUUUUGUACAAUGAGUUGGCAUUUAGUUUAGUAUUUUUUUAAAAAUGUUGUGCCAGUAUGAUUUAAUAAGUUGUAUGUCACCAUGGUGCUCUUAUUGACAGCUAGUACCUGUAACCAGUUAAUGGCAGAGAGCCACACGUGUGAUGGAAUUGAAAGCACACCCGAAUCUGGGUCUCCUCCCCAGACAUUUACUGGUGCUGACCAAAGAUUAGCAACAUGUUACACUCACUGUUUGGAUUCAUAUUUUGUAUUUUCUUUAUGAAAAAGAGAAAAUAUUAUAAGCUACAAUUUUGUUUUGGAGAAAAAACAGUAUUGUUUCAUAGGCCUUUGUACUAAUACAGCACCACUUUUCCUGCAAUAAAACUUAUUUUCUGGUA